AUGGACAGCACUGAUCCACCAAAGACCACUCGUCGAACUUCUGCAAUACGUAAUGUAACUGGUCUUGAAUCUACAAGACGAACACGACGUUUAUCAAGUUUAACUGAAGAAUCAGCGACAAAUAAUACUACAAAUCGAAAUCUAAAUAUUAAAGAUGCACAUAUUUCUGAUCUUGUUAAUGUCCAAAGCUUGAUUAAUAUUCGAUCAAUAUAUUCUCAAAUACAGCAAGAAAAAAAAGCGAAAACUUCAUUAGAUGGUCGCAUUAGAAUAAAUAUCUGUGGUGAUCGUUAUGAAACAUAUCGAACAACUCUUGACUUUUAUCCAAAUACAUUACUUGGAAAUGAUAAACAACGUAAAUAUUACUAUGAUGAAAAUCGUAAUGAAUAUUUUUUUGAUCGACAUCGUGCAUGUUUUGGAGCCAUACUUUAUUAUUAUCAAUCACAUGGUCGUUUAAGACGACCAAAUCAUGUUCCACUUGAUGUAUUUCUUGAAGAAGUUCUUUUUUUUCAAUUAGGACGAGAAGCUUUUAAUCAAUUACGAAAAGAUGAAAAUAUAACAGUAAUUACAAAAUUACACUUACCAAAAAAUCCUAUUCGAAGAUAUCUAUGGGCAAUAAUGGAAUAUCCAGAUUAUUCAAAAACGGCAAAAAUUGUUCAUAUUAUAUCCAUACUCAUGGUUCUUACGUUAACAAUUGUACUUGCUAUUGAAACAUUACCACAAUAUGCUGAUUUCCAUAGUCUACAUUGUGAAACACAACGUAAUACAACUUCUCCUACUUAUACAAAUAAUAGAACAGAUCAAAGCUCUUCUAAAGACUUGUACGUUUGUCACGCAUAUUUUACAUCACCAUUCUUUUUUAUUCAAGCUAUUUGUGUUAGUUAUUUUACAAUUGAAUUUAUAAUUCGUAUACUAACUACACCUUCGUUAUGGAGGUUUGUAAAAACUCUAAUGAAUUGGAUUGAUCUAAUAGCUAUAAUACCUUUUUAUAUCACACUUGGUAUUUACUUGACUGAUCGAAAAGAUAAAGUCAAGACAGAUACUUAUGCUGGUCUUCGAUUUUUACUUACAAUUCGUCUAUUACAAGUUUUUAAAUUUGUUCGAAUAUUUAAAAAUGUGAAAUCAUUACAUGUAUUUGUAAAAACAGUAAGGCAAUCAUUACUUGAUUUUUUCAUUAUGAUUAUUAUAAUAACUGCUAUUGGAUUUUUUUUGGGUGCUACUGCUUAUUAUGUUGAAAAUAGUUCCCUAAAUAAAACAUUUAAUUCCAUUUUUACGGCAACUUAUUGGGGUAUUAUUACAAUAGCAAGUGUUGGAUAUGGCGAUAUAACACCAAUCACACCAAUGGGUCGAAUAGUCAGUUGUAUAUGUGCAUUAUUUGGUGCUGCAACAAUGGGUAUGCUUGUUUCUGUUCUUGUUGGUCGAUACGAACGUGUUUAUGUUCGAACAGUAUUUAUUGAUGAAGCAGUAAUUGAUUUCUUUGAUUAUCCUAAUGAUGAAAAUGAUGAUAUAAAUUCACAAGAAUUGAAUCAAUCGUUAGAACAACAGACAAGUUCACAAAUUGAAGAUGUUGAUAUACAAACAAAAGCGAAUGUAAUAAAUGACAAUAAUACAUUAAAAACUCCCUCAACACCUUUCGGGCAAUAUAGAGAAAAUCCAAUGAAAUCAAUUGGUAGUCCAACUCAUUUUAUUAUUGGUUAUGUUAAAAAUGAAAACCGAGAAAUACCAAAUAAUUUAAUUGAAAAGGUGAAUAGCAUUAUUGCAAAUAAACAAACACCUGGAAAUAAUAUAUCAGUAAAUAUUGUUUCGGAUCAAAACAUUCAAGAAUCUUUACCAUUUGAUGUUCAAUGUCAAUUAGAAUCAUCAUCUGAUGAAGAAUCCGCUGAUAAUGACGAUAAUGAAAGUUUAACAGAGAUUCGUCAUGGUUUUAAAAGUCAAGGAAGUGUACUUAAAACUUUUCAACGUUGUGAAUCAGAAACUGAUGAUGAAUUGAAAAAUAUUGAAAUAAUAUCUAAUGAAAUAUUAACAAAUAAAAAAAUUGUAUAA